AUGGAAAAGUUGCACGGGGACGUAUCGACUUCUCUCCUCCGCUCUUGGCGAAAUAGAUGGGACGACUAUGCUGCACUCAAUCAACUGGCAUCAUACCUGGCAGCCGAACAGAUGGCAGCGCUUCGGAUGUGCCUCGACCCUUCCAUGCAGCAAGUAGUUGAAAUUGUAUUGGGGAUCCUACCCACAACGGUCACUACGCCCGACGCUGUACUCGACCUCAUCGGAAAUUACGUGCGUGGAAAGCGGAACGUGGCUCUAGAUAGGGUUGCUUUUGAGGAACGCCGGCAGGGCCCAGCGGAGUCUUUCGAUGAUUUCUACAUCAGCCUCAGGCGGCUCGCGGACGCUGCAGAUCUAUGCGGCGCGUGUAUCGACAGCCGCAUGGCCACCCGCAUAAUGGCGGGUAUUCGUGAUUCUGAAACGAAGAAGAAACUCCUCGCCCUUAGCCCGUUCCCGACGACUCAGGCAGCGGUAAAUUUAUGCAGAAGCGAGGAAUCUGCUCGAGCCAAUGAGAAAAUCCUCAGCACCCAGACUGGCGUCUCUUCCAUUCAAGCUAAACAGAGCGGCCGGCACUCGUCGUCGGAUGCACAUUCCUGUGGUGCAUGUGGUCGAUCGCAGCAUACUGCUGGCCAAAUCUGCCCGGCCAUCGGGAAAAUGUGCCAUAUUUGCGGCAAGCCAAACCACUUCGCUCCCAAAUGCCCCAACAAAUCCAGCAAACCGAGACCACCUGGCGGCAGCGGCGGCUCUCGUUACGAGCAUGGCGGUGGCGGCAACAAAACGGAUGGUGGCAUUGCCCCCAAAACCAAGAUGGCACGCAUAUGCAUCGCGCGGUCGUUUGCCAACGUUACCCCGGAUCCCGGAGCGGAAGUCAGCGUGGGUGGGCUGGAUUUCCUAUCCGCUAUUGGGCUGUCCGAAUCGGACCUAUCAUCUUCUUCCUUCGACCUCGUGAUGGCGGACAAGUCGGCCCCCCUCCUUUCGAUCGGCCAGAGGGACGUUCGGAUCCGAUACGGCGAACAAGCAGCCACUAUCACCGUAGUCAUCUGUCCGGAAAUUCAUGGCGUCCUGCUGAGUUGGCUGGACUGUAUCGCGUUGCGAAUUUUACACAGCGUCUACCCGCUCCCACUCCCCCGCUUACUAGCAUCUGUGCAGACGUUGACGAAACCUGCUUCAAGCUCAAAUGACGUUACCUCCGUUUUCCUCGAAAACUUGAACAUCCCGUCGUCCCCAUCUGCGGAGCAAAAAGCGGAGAUUAAAGCUGCUGUGGCUAAUCACUUCUCCGAUGUUUUCGAUCAGUCCACGGGCCUCCAAUGCAUGACGGGCCCGGAAAUGAUCAUACAGUUACAAGAAGACGCAGUCCCAUACUACGUUAAUGGGGCACGCCCCAUUCCCUUCGCUGAUCGACCGGAGGUGAAGCAAUUGCUGGACGAUUACGUGGAGCAGGGGCUGAUUGUCCCGGUAGAAGAAGCCACUGACUGGGCAGCGCCGCUAGUGGUUCUUCGCCGUUCCAACGGAAAGCUGAGAAUCGUCGUGGAUCAUACCCGCCUCAAUAGGUUUGUCCGCCGUCCCACUCAUCCCACGCGAACGCCUCGGGAUGCAGUAGCGGAAAUCGACAGCGGAGCUAAUUUUUUCUCGUGCUUCGACGCCGCGAACGGGUACUACCAGAUCCCGCUACACCCGUCCAGCCAAAUCCUAACAACCUUCAUGACGCCGUGGGGCCGAUUCAAGUUUUUACGGGCAUCAAUGGGGCUUAGUUGCUCGGGCGACGAAUUUAACCGCCGUGCAGAUAUGGCGUUCGCCGAUCAAGUCAACACUGUUCGUGUCGUGGACGACUUGCUCCGCUUCGACCGCGAUUUCCCAGCGCACGUGAAAGGUGUGUGCGCCCUUCUCCAAGCGGCCCGGACGGCCAACAUCACCCUCAACCUCGAAAAGUUCCAAUUUGCGGAACCCAAGGUAGCGUGGGUGGGAUACGAAAUCCAACAUGGCGGUGUCACCGUCGAUCCCAACAAGCUGCAAGCUAUUUCCCGCUUCCCGCGCCCGAAUAACAUCACGGAGCUCCGAUCCUUCAUGGGACUCGUGGAGCAACUCGCUGGCUUCUCGGCGGAUGUUGCCGGCGCAAAAGGGCCUCUCCGCCCGUUACUCAGCUCCCGGAACUCUUAUAUUUGGACCGCCGACCAUGAAAUGGCGUUCGAGGCGGUAAAAUCGGCGUUACUGGCGCCCCCAAUUCUAGCCAGCUUUGAUCCGUCACGGGAGACAUCUCUACAGUGGCGGCUCAUCGACGCCAAUUCCCGCUGGUGCACAGACACGGAAUCCCGAUAUGCAAUCGUGGAACUUGAGCUGGCAGCGGCCGAAUGGGCCAUCCGCAAAUGCAAGCUUUAUUUGAAGGGACUCCCUGCUUUCACGCUAGUGGUGGACCACCAAGCACUCGUGCCCAUCCUUAACACUUACACCCUUGACGCUGUGGAAAAUCCAAAAAUCCAGCGCCUAAAAGAGCGUCUGGCCCCGUAUAUUUUCACCACCGUGUGGCGCAAGGGGAAAGAGCAUGCCAUCCCGGACGCUCUAUCGCGGGCACCGAUAAACGAUCCUGGCCCGGACGACGAAGCAGCCAACUCGGACGUCACAGCAUAUGCUCACCGCACCAUCAUCUCCCGGAUCGCCGCCAUCUCUUACGACGACAACUUGGAUCCGGAUGAAUCUGCCGUCCCUCCUCAUUUACCCGACCCGCUAGUCGAUGAGAUCCGUGCGGUGGCCGCGAGCGACGGAGAGUACUCCGCACUAAUCGCAGCAAUCGAAUCUGGCUUCCCCGAGCGCCGAGACCGUGCACCCGCCGCAGUGGGAAGUUAUUGGGGCAUCCGCCACCAGUUAUCAGUGGAACAAGGUAUUGUGCUGUUCGGAAACCGCAUUGUAAUACCUCAGGCGGCCCGAAAGAAUGUCCUCCGGAAACUCCACGCGGCUCACCAGGGAAUCGUGCGUUCCCGUUCUGGGAAAGCGGCCGCGAAAUUCUCGUCGGUCGCCCCCUGUGUGGGGGCCGCCAUCUUGUCUCCUUUGUUCUGGCUAGCUUUCUCGCGUGGCGCCGCCAUCUUAGCCAUUGUAGGACAGAGACGUUCGUUUCUCGGGCCAUAG